GUCGCUGUGAAAAUGAACAGCACCAAGCGCGGGCGGGACGACAUCUCCCCUGUGCGGGAGCACGGGUACCUGACACCCGAGAAGCGGUCGAAGACCUUCCCCGGUCCCUGCAGCGGGGACUACAGGGACUGGAAUGUGGAGGAGGUGUGCGUCUUCCUUGCCAGCAAAGGCUUGCAGAAGUUGCAGCCGGUCUUCAGAGAACAUGGAAUAGAAGGAAAACACCUGCAAGACCUCACAGAAGAGCACCUCAAAGAAUUUCAGAUCAGGGCCAUAGGAGACCGAUUGAACUUGCUGCGCUGUUUUAGGACACUGUUCCAAAAUUCACAGAGUAUUAUGAAGCCAGCUCCUGAUGGACUGCUAGUCUACCCUCCAGCUGAUCUGUCUCUGCUCCCGCAGCUUCCUGGGUGGGUCUCUGACGACGAAGCAGGUAUUUUGGAUGGAAGUGCCAAGUUCCUCUUGCUGCAUUAUUGUUCCAGUGUGGGUCACCUAGCAGGAUGCCUUGUAAAGGUGUUACAGGAGCGCCAACCAGAACUACACAUAAACAAGAGAGACGUGCUGUGUGUCCAGAUCGCAGGACUGUGCCAUGAUUUGGGUCAUGGACCGUUUUCGCAUAUGUUUGAUGGGAGAUUUAUGCCUCUUGCUUGCCCAAAUAAAAAGUUUAAACAUGAAUCUGCUUCUGUGAAGAUGUUUUACCACCUUGUCCAGUCCAACAAACUGGAGAGCAUUAUGAAGGAAUAUGGACUCCGCUUGCCUGAAGACCUAAAAUUUAUAGCGGAACAAAUCUCUGGCCCUUUGUAUACUGAUGCAGAAGUAAAUCCUUCCCCAGUAAGUAAUACAAAUACUCGGGAAUGGCCUUAUGAAGGCCGAACAGAAGAGAAAAGCUUCCUGUAUGAGAUUGUGGCAAACAAAACAAACGGCAUCGAUGUGGAUAAAUGGGAUUACUUUGCCAGGGACUGCCAUCACCUGGGUAUUCAAAAUAAUUUUGAUUAUAAGCGAUAUCUCAAAUUUGUCCGCGUCUGUAAGGUUGAUGACAAGAAGCACAUAUGUACGAGGGAAAAGGAAGUCGGGAAUCUGUAUGAUAUGUUUCAUACCCGGAACUGUCUUCAUCGGAGGGCCUACCAACAUAAAGUUAGCAACAUCAUUGAGACAAUAAGUUCCGGUAUCAGGAUAGUCAUUGGAAGCAUUUGGGGGCGAUCAAAUAUUGUGAUCAUGCAGGGGGAUAAUUUCUCCCCUUUUUUUUUUUUCUUUUCUUUUUUUUUAUUGAUCUUUUAUUUCUUAAUACUUGCACUGAUGCAGGUGCUUCAUCUGGACUAUGGAAUGAAAGAACAGAAUCCAAUUAACAAUGUGCGGUUUUAUUGCAAGUCUGAUCCGGACAUCGCUGUAAAAAUUAUUAAAGAACAGGUAUCUCAGCUUCUUCCAGAGCAUUUUGCUGAACAGAUAAUCCGCGUUUACUGUAAGAAGGACGACGAGAAGAGCCUGGAGGUUGCUAAAAGAUACUUUGUACAAUGGUGUAUGGACCGAGACUUCUCCAAACCUCAGGAUGGUGAUGUAGUAGCUCCAGAUAUGACCCCACUGAAGGCCAGCUGGCGUGACAAAGAGGAGGAGAAUAUGGAUCAGCAACACACAGAAUCUCAGCACAAGUCCAGAAUCGACCUCACUAAACGAUUUUAGCAAUUCCU